ACGUUCCCAAUGUGUUCCGAGCAAAACGUAUGGAAGGAGCCUUUGCGUUACGCCUUUGGCGAACCACAACAACCUUUGGUGCAGUGUUUGGUGAAGAGUUGUUGGGCUGAAGUGCUCUUGGGAGGAACAAUGCUUCACUGCAUCUUCCUUUUUUUGUUCGCUGCAAGCAUUUUAAUGAAGACGUUUUAGACUGCUCUAUGCUGUGUUCUCCAAAACCACACCUUCUACUAAUAGAGCCAUCAGUGUUUGAUGUGUUCUCAUCAGCGUUGAUCGAAGCUCAUCUCAUCCACCGUGCGCUCGUGUGUGCACCCUAUACCGUGGCCAUGCCUAAAUCCCCGUGUACUCCUUGAGCUGUCACUUCAAACCUUUGUGUUUCGAUGUUGUUUAACUUAUUCCAAACUUAUCCCCCCCCGCAACCACUCAAUCACACCUUUGUUAGGCAAAACGAUGUCCAAAAUGGUAGUUUUAAGAAGCUGUAGGACAUAGUUUGAUGCCCAGUGCUCAUCAUGAACCUUAUCGGCGUGGUAGUAUCGUUUGGCACGCUGCUAGCUGUAUCAAAGUGUGCUCCGAUGGAGUUGUCGGAUGCGGAUCAGGAUACCGAGCUGCUCAGCUACGAAAGUGUCCACGGACAGGAAAUGUAUCGGUUUAAGUACGAAACGAGUGAUGGACAGUUUAGGGAGGAAGUCGGUAUGCUGGUGAACGUUGGCACGCCCGAGCAGGAGCUGAUGUUGAUGGGCCAGUAUGGGUACAAGAAUAAGGACGGCACGAUGGUGAUGGUUAUGUAUACGAGCGGCAAGAAGGGCUAUCGGGCACGGACGGUGACAAGAAACGCACGCGAUGCAGAUUUAAGGAUGAAAGCUUUCCUGUCGUUGCUGAUGGGAUAGAACUGCCGGGUUUAAGAUCAUUCCCAGGGUUUUGGUUUAAAUAUAAAUAAGACACCAAAGUGGAGAGAAAAUGAAAAAUAAAAACAAACAUAGCAGCAAGUAACUUCAACGAAAGUGCUUCAACUAAAUUGCAAAAAAUAAAACAAUUGCAGUUAAGCAUCACAUGGUACUUUA